UUUGCGAUCACCGGCCAACAAACCCACAAAGAACAUUCUAACUCGCCACCAUGCCUCAGAACGAGUAUAUCGAGCGCUGGCAAAAACAGCACGGCAAGCGCCUCGAUCACGAAGAGCGCAAGCGCAAACGCACUGCCCGCGAAGGCCACAAAGCCAGCAAAGAUGCACAGAAUCUGCGUGGCCUGCGGGCCAAACUGUACGCACAGAAGCGGCACAAGGAGAAGAUACAGAUGAAGAAGACGAUCAAAGCCCACGAGGAGCGCAAUGUCAAGUCGUCCGAUGCCGCAGAGCCCGGCACCACACCCCUUCCACAAUAUCUGAUGGAUCGUUCCAACGAGAAGAAUGCUAAGGCAUUGAGCUCGGCAAUCAAGCAGAAGCGGAAUGAGAAGGCGGCACGGUUCAGCGUGCCACUACCAAAAGUCAAGGGCAUAAGUGAGGAGGAGAUGUUCAAGGUGGUCAAAACGGGUGCGAAGACGAAGAAGAAGAGCUGGAAACGCAUGAUAACAAAGCCAACGUUUGUCGGGCCUGAUUUUACUCGUCGUCCGGUCAAGUAUGAGCGCUUCAUCCGGCCGAUGGGUCUGCGGUACAAGAAGGCAAAUGUGACACACCCAGAAUUGAGUGUGACAGUCCAGUUGCCGAUCAUUAGUGUCAAGAAGAAUCCACAGAACCCGAUGUAUACGCAAUUGGGCGUGCUUACCAAGGGUACGAUCAUUGAAGUCAAUGUGUCGGAACUAGGAUUGGUCACAGCUGGCGGCAAGGUGGUAUGGGGUCGAUAUGCACAAGUCACGAAUAAUCCAGAGAACGAUGGCUGCAUAAAUGCUCUGCUUCUCGUCUAAAUUUUAUUACGAUCGGAUCCACAUGGUAUACAGCAUCGUUGGCGUCUGGUGUUCAGGAUUAUGGCUGCUAAAUUUGGGAGUUCAAGUCUCUCUAAAGCCAC